AUGCGCGCCAUCCACGCCCUCACAGUCCUAGCUACAGCCGUCGCCGCGCUCCCCACCUCUCCCAUGGUGGUGGACUCGGUGGUAAUCCCACGCAAGCUCACGGGCGACGUCAAGGUCGACGCCGCCAUUGAACCGGAAGUGGACGCCGAGCUGCUGUCGGGCAAGAUCCAGACCCUCUUCACGGCCACCUGCCAUAACAUCUGUAUCAAGAUUUACUCGCAGCCCGGCGCGCUUCGGGAUAAGUGUAUGGAUGUUUGUCGUGAGUACACCUUUUUCCCUGGUUUUCCUAAUGACUAG